AACGUACAUGUAUAAGGCUAGCUAAAGAGAUUUAAGGUUUGUUUGGUUCGUGGCUAACCGUGUCACACUUUGUCUAAGGUUAGUCGUCCGAAUUGAAGAACUAAUCUUAGGCAUAAAAGUUAAAAUGUGACAAUUUAGGCAGCAAAUCAAACAUGACACUGUGCGCACCAGGUACGUUUCCCUCUAACUUUUAAGAAAGAAACUACCAAUAUGAAUGGAGUUUUUCUCCAACUUCUCGUCGGUCCGCUUCUUCUCAUGGAUCCGUCCGCCCAGGCCUCCGCCGCCUAGCCGCAGUCGGGCUCCUCCUCUGUUCCACCGCAAGCUCCUCGUCCACGCGCUCCAUUCGUCCCGCCGUUUCUCCUCCCUGCGCCGACGCCGGGCCCACCUUCGCACGCGGCUGUGGGGCCCGCCUCCUCCAGCCACCGCCGUCGGGGUCGUCUUCCUCGCCAUCAACUGCGCCGCGCCGGUCAUCUCGUCUUGUUGCGUCUGGGUGUCGCGGCAGCUGCUGGACGGCGGCGGCUACCUCAUCUUGGUCCUCGUCGUUCUCUUCUUCCUCAACGGGAAGGACAAAGCGGCGGCGGAUUUGGGGUCUUGUCUCCCAAAUUCAAUUCCUCCCCGAAUCUAACCGCCGACGUCGCUACCACGGAUCACCGUGGAACCCUGAGUCUGUCGCGGGUUUUGGCAUGCUAUAGCCGCCAGCCUGCAGCAGCGAUCGUCUCGGUCUUGGGCCCCCGGGCUAGCCAUGUCGUGGGGACGGUUCAGCUUCACUCCUCAGCAGGGGCCCACGCUGACGCGGCGAACGCGGGUGUUCCCUGCGCACAAGCCCGCACCUCGCAACGUGGUGGUCAUCGAUGAGGACGAUGAUGGUGAUGUUAUCAUUAUGGAGCGCGCAGCUGCGCGAGGUUCACCUUCUGCGGCGGCGGCACCAGGAUCUGAAGCGAGGAAAGGGGGCGGCUUCUCUGGUGAUGUGAUCAACAUAGAUGAUGAUGAAGAUGAGAAAGAUGGUACCAGAGGGGAUAAAGCAGGUCCUAGCAUGUCCUGUGCCUCUGGGUCUCCAGUAGCGAUGACCCCAGGCCGGGGUUCUCCCAGGAACCGAUAUGGGUUUGAUUGCUCGUAUGACAGCUCUGAGAGCAAUUUGACCAAAGGAUGGGACUCUGACACUGAUGACGGCUCUGAUUGUGAGAUUUUGGAUGACACGGCUGGUACAGCCCGUGAGAUGUGGGAGACGGCUGCUUCCAGAAAAAAGCCACCUCAUGGUGUCGACGAGUGUGAGGAUGGUGGUGCUACUGCAUUCGCGUCAUGUGCUGGGUUGGAGACACAACCAGGUAAAUACUCUGAGCAUCUCUUUGGUGCUGAACGCCAUCCAGACGAGAGUAUGUCUUGGUUUUACAGUGCUGCAAGCAAGUAUGGCUCUCAAAAUAGUAGUGACAGUACAAAAGAAAGCCCUGGGCAUGCUCAAAGCAGUUCUGGCACUGAAAAGGGUGUCCAUGGCCCUUCUGUGCCAAAUACUGAAGAAUGCUCUAAUGGAGAUUUUUCCAGUAUAAAUGGUAGAGAAAGCGCACAAAAUCGAAAUGGCAGUGGAAAGGAUAUCCCUACUGAAUGCCAUCUCAAUGAUAACAUAUCUCAAAGUUUUAGCGAUGCCCGUAAGGAAGGUCUUCAAAAUAAUACCGGCAGGUCAAAGGAUCACCAUGACCAGUUUUCAGCACCAAAUGUCAAAGAAUGUUCAAUGGUUGGUUCUGAAAAAGCUUCAAGAGGGGUUCAAUUACCUCGCCCUGAUGAAAGCUCUGCCUAUAACUUCGCUCCUGCAAAUAGGUUUUUUUCUGGAAUCUGGUCAGUGGAUAGGAACGAUGGAAGUCCUCCAAUUUUUGUCAGUACUCCUGAAAAGGUUGAUGAGACAAUACCUGAUGAUGUAUAUUCACAAAAGUAUCCAUCACCACCUGAAGCUUCCUACAACACAAUUUUUUAUUCUGCUCAAGAUAAUGGUCUGGCCAAGGGUAAGGAUUUGCUUCAGGAUCCUGAGGAAUUAGGGCGGUUUGCUUCAGUGAUCGGUGAACGUGAAAAACACAAAGAAUCUGUUGAGUACAAGCGAGCAGCAGAGGAGGAAUGGGCUUCAAGACAUCGGCAAUUACAAAUACAGGCCGAGGAAGCAAAGAAAUUGCGAAAGAGAAAGAAAGCUGAAGCUCAACGAUUGCUUGACAUGGAGAAGAGACAAAAGCAAAGAUUGCAAGAAGUCCGUGAAUCGCAGAGAAAGAAUGAAGAAGCUAUACAACUGAAGGAGCGGUAUCGGGCAACGGUCGGAAAGGAGCUGGAAGAUAUAGAAAGGAGACAUUGUGAUAUGACUUCAAUACUGCAUGCGCUAGGCAUCUCAGUUGAAGGUGGUGAGGUUAAAGCCUUCAAGCAAGCUCUUCUGAAAUUCCAUCCCGACAGGGUAUCAAGGAAUGAUAUUUAUCAACAAGUAAAAGCAGAGGAGACAUUUAAGUUCAUUUCGCGGCUGAAGGAGAAGCUACCUCGGCUAUCCUAAUAGCCAUCCCACUCUUUUUUCCACAUGCCUUGGCGCAUCCUCCAUUCACCUGUAGGGUCAAGGUACAGAAUUCAGAGGAUGUUUAUUGGCGUUAUUUACAAGUAACUAGGGCUUUAGCUUGUUAAAUGUGUUUUUGUGUGUGUGUGUGUGUGUUGGGGGUUGGGUUGGGUAGGCAUUCGUGUCAGCUAUGACAUGGGAUGGUAACCACUUCGAUUUGUGAUGGCGAAAUGGUUGUACAUCACCGAUGGCAGAAAGAUCAUUUUUUAAGACCAUCUUUAUUAGUUUAUUCGACAGAAUACCACGGUGUCGUCCUCUGGUUUUCAUACAUCUGCAUUUUGUACUAAAAGGUGUCUAGGAGACAUCAGAACAUCGCAAUUAAAUCAGAUGUAGCCCUUUCUCUAUUGAUGUUACAUAUGCAGCUGCAUCUUUAAUC